AUGUUUUCUCACCUUGUUCCUCUUUCUUUCCCUCUCCCUCUGUAUUUACAGGUUAUCUUAACAUUUGUCUGUGUGUUGACAAAGGAAUCUGUAGGAAUUGCUCCAGUGCCAUAUACAUUGCAAGUCCAUCGGGUAGCUUUGGAUGGAAGAGACCCCUCUAACUCCUUGAGGAGAGAAAAGAGGCAGGUGCAGUGUCUACUAGGACAAUACCUACAUCCCAGAGAGACUCACUGCUGCAUGAGAUGCCAUGCAGGUACCUACAAGGCAAAAGACUGUGAUCGGCCUGACCAGGCACCUGUCUGUCUUCCAUGUGCUCAUGGCACAUUCACAGCUGUUGAUAACACCAUGUCUAAAUGCUUCCGGUGUACAUAUUGCCGUACAGAGUUUGGGCAGAUAGUAGAGACCCCCUGUACACCAAAGCAAGAUACGGUAUGUGGCUGUCGGAAGAACCAAUAUCAGAUUGGCCUGUCCGAUCUCUUCCAGUGUAGGAACUGCAGCUCAUGUGUCAAUGGGAUUAUUGCCAACUGCUCAAAGAACAGAGACACAAUUUGCAGGUGUAAGCUUGGUUUCUUCCUGACACUUAGUAACGUUUGCAAGCCUUGCAACAGCUGCAUUGGAGAAGAAUGCUUGCAGUGUCAUAGCCCAGUGGCUACCUCACCGACAUCGUCUGGGCUUAAUGGGAGCCUUGUCCUUGGCAUCAUUGUUGCAAUAUUUGGAGUUAUCUCUGUCCUCUACAUUGUAAAUAAACUAGUGAAGAUGGUCCAGAAAAAUGGGAUAGCAUCAUCUUUCUACUCCUGUGUUUCUUUGCUGCAGACAACCAAGGAGCCAGCAUCUGAGGUUGAGGUAAAAAGAACUGAAAUUUCCAUCCUUCUUCCUGAGUCCCAGAAAGAAACAGAAUUGUCAGUGAAUGCAACACCACCACCUGCACCUCUGCUGCAAAGUUCCCAUGAGUUACCAGACUGUGUCAGACCUGCCAGGAAGACACAACUUCCAGACAACCCUGCUAUUCUCUACACUGUGGUGGAUCACGUACCACCAUCUCGGUGGAAAGAGUUUGUGAGGCGUCUGGGUCUGAGUGACUAUGAUCUAGAGCGAAUUGAGAUUGAGCAUCGGCGUUUACGAGAUGCCCAGUAUGAAAUGCUUAGACUGUGGAAACUGCAGAUGGGCCAUGCUGCAACUGUGGAGCACAUCAGCUAUGUUCUCAAUCAGAUGGAGCUGAGUGGAUGCAGUGAAGCUAUUCAAGAGGCUCUGCUAAACCAGAACUCUCCUCAACUUUGCAGCCUCCACAAUCAUCUUUAGUCUAUUUCUGCUUUAGUUGCCCUUGCUGUGACUCUUAAGACAGGAUCCUAAUUCCCUUUCCCCAUCUUCCUAUUCCCAUACCACCUUAUCUUUCUAACGCUCUUCAGCUGGGUUUGUUGGAGACGGCAGCAGAUUAUGCUGGAGGAAGGCUGAGGUUUGUUUCUCAAUCACCUUGUAGUUCAACACCUUUAAGCCAAGACAGACCUCUGCAACAACUAAUUUCCCAAGGAGGGGAAGCAGCUCAUAAAGGAAGUGGUGUGCGGACUCUGACCAAGAGGAAAACAGGAGCUCAGAGUGACUUGAAAGAUCAGCUGCUCUGUGGACAAGUUGUUGCUGAAACAGGUGCUCUACCCACCAUGUGGUGGGUAAAUUUGUAGGGUGACUUGGUUAAGCUGGCUGUUCAGAUGGUCAAGUACUUACUUUUUGCAGAUCUGUUUUUCUGCAAGAUCAGACAGUUGGACUGGCUCACAUUGCAGCCCUUUGAUUGCUAAAUCUGACUCAAGGAAAAUGGUGGGGAGGAUGUGCCUGUUUCUGGAAGCAGGGGAGGAUUACCCUCUUACGGUGUCAACCAGUUAUCGCUGUGGCAGAAGAGUCACAGAGAUUCGGAAGUGGUGGCUCUGAGAAAUGGGAGGAUGUUAUCCUUUCCACACCCCCAUUUCCCUCAGGUUCAAGAGGAACAAGGAUUCUGAGCCAGUGAAUCAGAUGAGAGGGUUGGUGCUUUUAUCUCAAGCUUUUUUUCUGUACCUAGAAACCAUGUAAGAUAGCAUUAAGAAAACACCUGCCUGUGUGUUUGUCCAAACUCAAGAGUGGUAAGGGAUGUGUGCAUCUGGGUGAGAAUGGACACACAGGUCAGUGGGCUUGUGUCCACCUGCUUCUCUAUCUCUGAACAAUUUGCUGAAUCUGAUCUAACUGCAAAGGGAACUGUGUAUGUGUACAUGUGUGUAUAUAUAUAUAUAUAUAUAUAUAUUUUAGCAACUGUUGAAUAACUUCACACUACUUUCUGAACUGCAUUCUGUGAUUGCUGUGUGGGUGUGGGAGCCAUUCCAGGCUCUGACCAUUACUUUCUCAUGGGUAUUAAUUACCCUGGUGAAUCAGAGGAAGCAAAAAUCAAUUAGCCUGCCUCAGGUGCACCUUGUCCACACAUUUGUAACGUGGAUUUUUUUUUUUUUUAAAAUCUCUAAUCCCUUGACCAGAGCGAAACUUUCUAUUAUAAAUACACUAAAUACUCCGGAUUAAAAGUCAUAUUUUUAUCUCUGUUUCCAUUCUGGUUUUGUCCGCAUCGACCUCUCUUCUGUGAGUGGGGGCAGAGGAAGGGGAAUAACUUCCAGAAGUGGCCAGACUGGACUGCAAGAGUGUGGGUGGCUUGAUGGUCUCAUGAAAUAUUUUUUGAAAAAUAAGUUUUUCGGACUUUUGUAUGUAUGUAGAGUUUAUCUGCCCUCAAGUCACAGGAAACUGGUUGAGGGCAGGAAGUAGGACUGAAAUUAAAUCAGGUUGCAGGUCUUCUCCAGUAUUUAUGAGUCAGAGGGGGUCCUACCAUGUUUAAAAACUCACUUUAAAUAAUGUACAGCGAGUCAUUUUGUAUUUGGCUUUUUAAAAAGGAAAAUAUCUUUAAGAGAAUGAUAAUAGAUUAUACUUUAGUGCUGAUUUUACAGAAGCAUGUUUUUGUCUGAGGAACCAAAGCACCAUGUUAAGGUAGUAAGGGCCAUUCCUACUCGUGAUGAGAAAACUUGAAAGUUCAUGACAGUCGGUGACAAGGCCAGGAAAUUAAGUCAGUUUUAAUUUACAGUUAGAGGCUUUGUUUUGCUAUGCCUGCACGCUAUUUUAAUCGAGGCUGAUUUUUUUUUUUUUGGUUGAUUUUAAAUCAAAGGAGGUGGUACCAAGUUCAUCCUAAUACACUUUGUAUUUCUUUCAUAAUUUGUUCAACAAGCACAACAGUGUAAUAAAUUACUCUAGAUGUGAAACUGUUUGAAGUGGGGAA